AGUCCUCGACGACUGUUCCCUUCUUCGAGAGAGAGAGCGACAGCGAGGGAGACGAAGCGGAGCUCGAAUGGAACGCAGCCUCUUCCUCUCUAGACCUUCCACCGACCAUGGGGCGCUUCUCGCCUCCCCAUUCUCCGCUGCCUCCCCGACCGCCUUCCGGAGGCGCCGUUUCCUCCCUCACGACUCAUCCCUCAAGAUUCAAAAUCAGCUUCAUUCCAUAUCGUCUCUUGUAUUAGGAGCCUCUAGUAGCACAGUAAGAUGUGAAGCAAGCAUGUACAACAGGCAAACUGUUGAAACAGUUGACUUGGACUGGGAUAAUCUUGGAUUUGCACUGUUUCCCACUGAUUAUAUGUACAUGAUGAAAUGUUCUCAAAAUGGAAUGUUUUCAAAAGGCGAAUUGCUGCGUUAUGGACCCCUUGAAUUGAGUCCAUCCUCUGGAGCAUUACAUUAUGGACAGGGAUUAUUUGAAGGUUUAAAAGCAUACAGGAAGGAAGACGGAUCUGUUCUACUUUUUCGACCUCAAGAAAAUGCCCUGCGAAUGAGAAUUGGUGCAGACCGGAUGUGUAUGCCUUCACCAACAAUUGACCAAUUUGUUGAUGCUAUAAGGUUAACUGUUUUGGCAAAUAAACGAUGGGUACCACCAACUGGUAAAGGCUCUUUGUACAUUAGACCACUCCUUAUUGGGAGUGGUGCUGUUCUUGGUGUUUCACCAGCUCCUGAGUAUACAUUUCUUGUUUUUGUCUCACCUGUUGGAAACUAUUUCAAGGAGGGCUUGGCACCAAUAAACUUGAUAGUUGAGAAUGAGUAUCAUCGUGCAGGUCCCGGUGGAACUGGAGGUGUAAAGACUAUUGGAAAUUAUGCAUCAGUCUUCAGAGCGCUAAAAAAGGCAAAGGAGAAUGGCUAUUCUGAUGUCUUAUAUCUUGAUUGUAUUCAUAAGAAGUAUCUGGAGGAAGUUUCAUCUUGUAAUAUUUUUGUUGUGAAGAACAAAGUUAUUUCAACACCAGAAGUAAAAGGGACGAUAUUGCCUGGCAUUACAAGGAAGAGUAUAAUUGAUGUUGCUCGUGGUCAAGGCUAUCAGGUUGAGGAGCGCCCUGUGUCAGUUGAAGAACUGCUUGAUGUUGAUGAAGUAUUUUGUACAGGUACCGCUGUUGUUGUAGCCCCUGUGGGAAGCAUAACAUACCUGGAAAGAAGGGUUGUGUAUGGGAACAAAGGUCUUGGGGUUGUAUCUCAACAACUUUAUUCUUCACUUACUAGACUACAGAUGGGCCUUUCAGAGGACAAGAUGGGGUGGACAAUGCAGUUAGAGUAGGAGCCGACAUUGUAACUCCGAAUGAUAAAUACAUAUGCUUUUUAUCUGCAACCAGUUUAGUUAUAUACCUGUGUUUUGCUCUUUUUAUACUUGUUUUUUUUUUAAUCUGCAACCUUUAUGAUUCAAUCUGCAUUACUGUAAUUGCAUUGUUUGAGACCCUUUGCACUCUCUCUAGUUUGUUAACGAAUACACUUUUACCCAA